CACAAUUUCAAUUUGAUCGGGCUGAACCUCGGAGAGUGGAUCCGUUUCCUCCCACAAGCGAGCCCACACAACUAAACUUUUGACAUUUUUUUCCACUUCCCAAUUGAACCUUCGGCAUCUUUUCGCAAAAUCGCAACCACAACAAGACCAACGACUCCCCCGAUCCCCAACCACAUUUGCGACCUCGACAAAACAUCGCAAACAUGGCUACGGAAUUGACUGUUCAGUCGGAGCGUGCUUUCCAAAAGCAGCCCCAUAUCUUCCAGAAUGCUAAGGUCAAGGCCAAGUCCGCGAGACCUGGCAAGGGUGGCCGCAGAUGGUACAAGGACGUCGGUCUAGGUUUCCGAACCCCCAAGACCGCUAUUGAAGGAAGCUACAUCGACAAGAAGUGCCCCUUCACCGGUCUCGUCUCUAUCCGUGGCCGUAUCCUUACCGGCACCGUCGUUUCUACCAAGAUGCACCGAACCCUCAUCAUCCGACGCGAGUACCUCAAGUUCAUCCCCAAGUACGCCCGAUACGAGAAGCGACACAAGAACCUCGCCGCACACGUCUCCCCCGCUUUCCGUGUUGAGGAGGGUGACCAGGUCACGGUUGGCCAGUGCCGACCUCUUAGCAAGACUAUUCGAUUCAACGUCCUGCGUGUACUUCCCCGAACUGGCAAGGCGGUGAAGAAAUUCAGCAAGUUCUAAGUUGGGGAAUCUUUCCUGGGCAUCGAUGGCGUUGUUGCUUCAUGGUUCUUCGAGAUCUCAGAUUCGGAAUGGGCAAUUCAUAGGAUUCCUGCCGGGGCACAGUGAUGCAUUAUAGGCAGUUCUGAGAAAUAAAAAAACGGAUAUACCAAACUUAUUAUGUGUCCUAUGACAUGGUGGCUGUGAUACGACGUGGCAUUCAUGGUUAUUUAUUGCGGCAAUCCGGACACAGCUUAGGAGGCGGCAAGGUUAUUUGUACGUCAGGUUCCUAAGUCGUUUGGCACCGGACCAAAUAACCUAUUCUGAUUUUCUUUACGGCUUCUCCUCUAUUGUGACCCCAACAACGCUUACGGAUUUCCAAGCCGCCAGCAA